AAGAAAAACAAAAAUAAAGCAAGCGACUCGGCGUCCGACGUUUUGUAAUUCGUCGGUGCGAACGGGUUUGAAUCAUUUUCGUUGCAUUUUAUCAUUCUUAUUUGUAAUGUGAUCGUUCUAAUUGAGGAAAAACAGAAUUGAAUGUAAUUUGUGAUUUGUGCUCCCCGGUUCAUCAUGUCUAAACGUCGAAAUUUGCUGGAUUCCGCCGAAAAGCGACGAUCCCUUCAAAAUGUUGCGGUUGCUCGAGGACGGCUCAAGGGUGCCCUGGCCGAUAUUAUGACCCACACUGAUGACGAUUCGGAUUCCGAUGAUCAUCGCCAAUCGAAACGAUCGAGAACGGCAACUUCUUCGGAGUCCAUACCGAUCCCUCAUCAGUCGUACAUCAUGAAGCUGUUCGAUCGGAGUGUCGAUCUGGCUCGGUUCGACGAAACUACCCCUCUGUACCCCAUCUGUCGCGCCUGGAUGCAGAACCAGCCGAGAGUGAAUCCGAAACAGCUUCGUACGCCAUCGCCGGUUAAGCGCGAGCAUAAUCCCCAAAUGGUGGACCAGUAUCGGAAUGGCGAAAUGAAGGAAAUCCGAUCGAUGCCCCGACCGGACGCCGAUCUGGUGCAACGAUGUCCCCUGCCGUUACCGAGUCAAACCAGGACUUCCAAAGAGCUGCUAGAUGUGGAACCGAUGUCGAAGGCCACCCUGUUGGCGGAGCACAAGAAUCGGUGGACUCAGAUCCGACACAACUGGGAACAACACGGCCGGAUCAGGAACCAGCGGCAUGCGGCUAGCUUUGAGCUGUUGGAUGCUUUGCUCAAAGCGAAAUUUUGAAUACUGCAUGCUUCUGAUUGGCGUAGUGUGAUAAUGUAAUAUUUUAUUAUUUCGAGUCAUAA